AUGGCUAUGGCCAUGGCUGCUGCCCCCGUGUCAGCUGCACAGGCAAUAGGAGAAUAUCUACAAGCUCCCGAUGACCUCGUAAAAAUUUCCGCAUUCCGCAAGAAAUUGGAGAAGGAGAAGGCUUCCAUCGACGCUCGUUUGAAGAGCGGAGUGCGAGAUCAAUUGCAAGCGACGAGAGAAGGACUCCGGAAGUUGCUUGGCACACGAAAUAAUGUCCAGGUCAUCAAAGACGAAAUGGCUGCUAUCGAACAACAGUGUGCCGACCCAACAAAUGUUGUAGCCACUUUCGACCAGAUUAGUCGAGUAUCUAUGGUUCACCGUAACUUCGAGCAAACGGAAGAGACCGUGAACAAUCUCCUUGAGAUGAAUGCGAAACUUGAUGAACUGGAAGACAUGCUAGAAAAUGAUAGCAGGGAUAUCAUUGGGCCUGCCCCCAACCUCCUAGUCAUCCAUUACGCGUUAAACCAGCUCGAGGCCUUCCGAAACCAGACGAUGCAUCAGGCGAAGAAGGCAUCAGCAAAGUCGCGCGACACCCUGAAUCGCUAUUUCGAACGCUUAAACAACUUCAUCGAGGCAUUCGAUCAGUAUAUCGUGGGGCUAGCAUCCAAUAUUCUUGAGUUGGUCCGAUCAGGAAAUGGCAGUGUGGUGGUCAAGUUAUUGAAGAUCGCCGAAGUCGAGGGCAGAGAGGAUGAGAAGGCCAUCGCUAUUCGACUUGUAAAAAAGGCGGCCAAGCUUGAUGCUGCCUCCAAGUUCAAAUCGAUGCAAGCCAACGCUCGUGUGAUCAAGCACUACCGUUCAAAAAUCACCAAGGCCAUCACCGACUCGAUAAAGGCUCAGUUUGAAGAAGCCUAUAGGCAGAAUGAACAAGACCCGGCUCAGUUCCUCAAUUCUCUCAGUUGGAUGUACCAAGACAUCAUACGGAUGGAGUCUGAUGUGGUUCCAUGCUUUCCCAAGGAGUACGAAAUCUACUCACUUUACGUGCGGGAAUACCACAAGACUUUGAACGUUACGAUCAAGAAACUCGUGGAAUCUGAGCCCGGCGCAAGUGUGCUGCUGACGUUGUUUGAGUGGUUGAAGGAGUACAAGAAGGACAUGAAGGAACUGGGCGUGCCCCCAGAACUACUCGAACCCCCGCUGCUGGAAGGCAAAGAGCAGUCUUUGAUUGAAGACUACUUGACCGUCAUUAUCAAGAAACUCGACGAAUGGUCUGCCAACUUGAUGAAGACGGAAAUUGAAGAGUUCAUCGCACGACGUGAGCCACCCGAACUUGACUCUGAUGGACUCUACGGAACCCAAGGGGGCGCUGCUAUCCUCUUCCAAAUGGUCAACCAGCAGGUUGAUCUCGCGACUGAGAGUGGACAAGGUGCUAUUCUAGCGCGAGUUGUGAGCGAAGCCAAUCGCGUCAUGCGUAGUAUCCAGGAGCAGUGGGUCAAAGUCAUUGACACGGAAUACAAGAAACAGAUGGAGAAACCGGAGGAAGCAGAGGGAGGAUUGGUAGAGUAUGUCAUUGCGUUGGCAAACGACCAAAUCAAGAGCGCCGACUAUGCUGAAGCCUUGUUGGGACGCCUUGAACCCCUCGUAUCAGAAAAGUACCGCGUUACUAUCAGCGAGCGUCUCAACGACGCUAUUGAUGGGUACCUCGAUGUCGGCAAAAAAUGCACUCAAACUCUCAUUGACUUGAUCUUCAACGAUCUAAAACCUGCCAGCAAACUACUGUUCCAAGCCGCGUGGUAUGAUGGCAUAAUGCAACAAAUUGUCGAAACAAUGCGGGAUUACAUGACGGACUACCAACAAUACCUCAACGCCUCCCUCCUCGAACUCCUGGUGGAAGACCUCCUCGAUGCAUUCCUUGUUGUUUACCUCAACGGUCUAGCCAACUCGCCCAAGCUCAAGAUGCCUGCUGCGACGGAGCGAAUAAAAGAGGACGUCAGUGUCUUGUUUUCCUUCUUCAGCACGUUUAAGCCCGCGCGUGAACUUGAGGCAUAUUUUGAUGUCGUGGAGAAGAUUCUCGCUCUGCUGGAAGCCUCGAAAGAUCUUGUGUUCUUGUCCUUCUGGGCCUUUGCCAGGAUUCACGGACCGAAUCUGGCCUUUGUUGAGGGGUUGAUGAAAGCCCGCGCUGACUUGGACCGCUCGGCCGUGAGUGAAGUUAUGGACAGUAUCAAGAAGAAGGUGAAAGACGAAGGCCUCACUGAUCCUCCAGAACCUACAAUAAUGAAGAAAGUGGCCAUCCAAGGCUCAUUUUCGCGUUUCCUCAAGAGCGCUGCUGGUUGA